AUGCCCGAGUUAAAACGAAGAUCGACUCCCAUGCCAGGCACUAUGAAGGCUGUGGAAUAUCAUGCAAGAACCAACAGGAGUACUUCGUCACUGUGCACCAGAAGAUAUCCUCGUUCGAUGAACCGCAGACGCAGCAAUGGGAUCAUGAACUGUAUCGAUCAUGUCAUGGAAAAUGGCGUCCCAACUCCACAGCAGCAGCUAGGCUCACACGAAAUCACCAAGCCAUACACUCGACUAUCCGACAGUCGUGGUGGUGGCAGCCCCAGCAUUGCAUCAACGACCGCGCCUUUGGAGGAUUCACUGUCUUCCAUAGAGUCUUUCAAUGAACUGGAAGAAACUGGCGUACUGCCUUCCACUGACGGAACAGACAAGAAAGAAGAUCAAUCCCCGACUAUUGCAAUCUGGGCUUGGGACAGAGGACUCCUCGAGUCAAGGGAUGACACGAUUGACAUCUGGGAUGAGUUAUUUCUUUCCAAAUUUCACUCGCAGUCACCAUGA